UACUACGGACGUUUUGUCGGUCGAAUGUGAUUUCUCUUCUACUUCUCAUACCGGGUUUCAGAUAAUACUGAACAUUGAAUACCUAAAAACCUAAUCCCGUCCCACAUCCAGACCUCAACCUCACUUCCUUUCAUCACUCUUUUCCCCUUCAUUAAACGCUUCAAUAAAAUCAUCCACCAUGUUCGCCAGCCUCCGAGCCUUCUGGUCCCAAUCCUUCAACCUCCCCGCCCCGCCUCUCACGGAAAAAAACCUCCCGGACCAAAAGGGCAAAGUCUACCUCAUCACCGGUUCCAACACCGGCGUCGGCUACCAAGUCGCCUCAAUUCUCUACUCACACAACGCCAAAGUCUACGUCGCUGCACGCACGGAAUCCAAAGCCCUCGCUGCCAUCGACUCCAUCACCAAACUCCACCCCAAAUCCACCGGUAGUCUCCACUACCUCCAUCUCGACCUCAGCGACCUAAGCACCAUCAAAGCCAGCGCUGAUGAUUUCCUCGCUCGCGAGACCAAACUCCACUGGUUGAACAACAAUGCCGGCAUCAUGACUCCAGCUUUGGAAUUAAAGGGUGCCCAGGGAAUGGAUCUGAGUUAUCAAACUAACAUCCUGGGUCCGUUUUUGUUUACGAAAUUGCUUUUGCCUGUGCUUCAGAAAACGGCGGCGAGCGAGCCGGCCGGGUCCGUGAGAGUCAGUUGGGCAGGGAGUUUGGCAACGAUAUUACUAGCCCCGAACGGUGGGCACACUUGGAAGAAAGGGAAGGAUGGACUGGAUGAGUUGGAUGAUACGAUAGGCAAAUCACCGAUCUAUGGAACGACCAAAUCGGCGAAUUUCUACUUGGGACAUGAAUUCGCGAGGAGGAAUCCGAGGGACAAAAUCCUACAUACUACGUACAAUCCCGGAAAUCUAGCAUCCGACCUUGCACGCCAUGUCUCCUCCAUCCAGAGAUUCUUCAUUAGAGGGCUACUGUACGCGCCAAUCUUCGGUGCCUACACCGAAAUCUACUCUGGCUUGUCACCUGACUUGACGAUCGAAAAAGACCAAGGUGGAUUUAUCAUCCCCUGGGGAAGACGUGGCUCUGUUCGACCCGACCAGCUGGCGGAAUUAGAGAAGGGUGAACAGGGUGAGGCGGCCAAGUUGUAUGAUUGGUGUGAGAGGGUGACGAAGCAGUAUCAGUGAGUAUGUAUGAUGCUAGAAUCAGGUACUCGUGCGACGUGCGCCACACGAUCGGUGUGUUUUGGGAAUGAUAUUCGACAGAACAAAGAAGCAAGGUUGUUGGAUGUAAUGCUGGCAGGGAAAUACCCCGUUGUUGAUAGAGGAUAUAGAUCGUCUUUGAAGUCUCUUGUUUCACCCGAAAAUGAACCCUUCA